UUCAUUUGCUUUACCAGAUCCACGGUUUCCAGUGCUUACCUUUGCUUUACCAGGCUCUCACUCUGCUUCAUUAGGUCUUCAGAUAAAGGGAGGGGAACAAGCAAGGGCGAGAUGAGGAUUAGAAAAAGGGUUAGAGAAUGAAAUCUGAAAGACAUGACGUCAGAAAUAUAUACCUGAUAUACAGGAAAGAAUUGCAGUGCAGAAAACGAGAGCAUCGGACUCAAGGGUUAAAGGUAUUUCAAGGCGUGCCGUCACUCCGCCCAGAUAACUUCUGAAAACCUUCCUUUGAUUCAGAUCAAGGCCGGGGUGUCACAAUACAAAGAGAAGAUAUGGAAGACAGUGUGGUUUGAACUGUCACUCAUCAGAUCAGCAGAAUGGGGUCUUCAUGCGUUUUCUUCACAUACUCCUCAUCUUGAAGCAACACACUUUUUAAUUACGACUUUCCCGUUUGGAAGAGACCUCUCUGAAACUAAACCAGGCUGGAUUAACUGCAUGGCUUCCCUGUCGUGGCGGAACCCAGAUCCUGAGAGGGUCAGAAGGUUGGUACCCCAGUCCAGGAGGGACAGUCUGUCCUCCCCCAGUUUGGAGGAAGCCUUCUUCCCAUUCCCGUCUCAGAGAAGAGAGUCUAUGGGGAGCCCCCUGCUCCCCCCACUGGAACACGCCAGCUCUGAGCUACUGGAGAGGGACCUCAUACUGGCAGCAGAACUGGGACAAGCUUUACUGGAGAGGAACGAGGAACUGGGAGCCAAGAUGGAAGAGAAGGACAGAGAGAUAGAGCUGCUGAAGCAGCAGUGCUAUGAGAUGAAGCUGAAGCAGGACUCUGUGGAUCUGGAGUGGUCUCAGCACAGGGCAGACCUGGAGUCGGACCUGGGGCUGGCGAGGGCCCAGCUGGAGCAGUGGCAGAACCAGGACCGGGAGAGAUGGAGAGUGGAGGGGGAGGAGCUGGAAGAGCUGUCCAAUCACAACCAGAGGCUGGUGGAGCAGCUUUCUGAGGCAGUCAGGGUGCAGCACGAGUUGAUGUCAGAGCUGCGAACACUGAGGGAGGAGUUUGAAGAGAAAGACACGAAGAAUUCAAUCCAGACGGCCAGAAUACAAGGGCUGCAGGCGGAGAAUUUUCUGCUGCUGCAGAGAAACUCAGAAGCAGAAAAGCAAAUGAAAUCCCUUCAGGAAGAGAAUGAGAGGCUGAAGAGUGCCUCUGAGUCUCUGCGGGAGAAAGUGCUGGAGCAGCAGGAGAGAGAGGGGGAGAAAGAGAGAGAGGUCUUACAGGGCAGGGCUGACUUGUUUGAACUACGGAGCCUGAACCAUUCUCUCCAGACUCGAAUUCGAGACCGAGGGGGAGAGGUCAGCUUCACAGAACCCGGGUCCUUCACACCCUCCAUCCAAUCAGAGAUUGAGCAAGCACAGAGAGCUGCCGUUUCUCAAGAGAUCUGGAUGCAGAAGGUUGAGGAAACACAGAGACUGGAAAAUGAGCUGCAGUGCCAGAGAGCUGAAAUGGAGUCUUUAAGAGCAGAACUGCAGCGUCUGAAACAGCAAACUGAUCAAACUGACAAGAGCUCUCUGAAAGCUGAACUGGAUCGCGUCAGAUCGGAGCGAGACUCCCUCAACCUGCAGCUGUUUAACACCAUCCAACACAAGGUGGAGCUAGCAAAGGAAGUGGAGGAAUGGCAGGAGGACAUGCGAGUGGUGAUCAGUCAGCAGGUCCGGGUGCAGGGCGAGGAGGAAAGAGAGAAGGAACGCAAGGCUUCAGUGAAGAGGACGGGUCGCUCCCAAUUCAACAGGAGAUCAUUCAGAGGGAGCGGUGAGGGGAGUGAAGGACAAGGCAGGGAGGGAUUCUUCUCAUCCCUCUUCAAACAGAACUGAGAGACAGAGACAGGCAGCUCACCACACUUACAAAUGUGUGCGGGGCAACGAGUCAGGGCAGGGAGUAGCAUGGACCGAGCUUCAGUGCACAGCUACAACACACACUGAGAUAAGAGAGAUCAUGAAACUCACUUCAUUCACUAGAUUCAAAUGCUGCUCAUCCUUGAAUACAUUUAUUCAUUUCAUUACUAUAUACAAAAAAAGUUAGUUAUUUGAAAAGGAAUUUAAAAAAUAAAUGCAACACAGCAGUUUUAUACACAGCAGUAUUUGUGGUUUAAUUUCAAAUGACCUUGAUGUUGCAUUACAGCUUUAAAUAUAUAUGAAAUACAGAUAAAUCAAUAAAUAAGUGAAAAAGCUGAUGAGAGACGGAGAGAGACUAAAACAUGGAAACAAUGCGAGAGUCCUGCCUUGGGAAAGCAGCGGCCGAUCAAAUCAUGUGAAUAAACUGGAAGAGAAUCUUUUUCUUCUGAACACACAUCUGUACUCUCACAGUAAAUAUGUUCUGUUUCUUUAUUGAAGAAAGUUGUAUUUUUCUGAAAUAAAGUGCAAGUUUGUCAAAGCUGUGAUUCUGUCCCUGGUGUGUCUUUCGGCCUGUCCCCAGGAUGCUGAAUGUUAUAACAGUCAGAAUGAGAACAGAACCCUGAGAAUAAACUCCCAGCUGUGUGGAAGACAGUCGGGAACUGCUUGCUGAACCCAGCAUGUAUGAUACCAGCGUUUGAGACCUCAGCUCUGCAGCAGCCAGUGCAGCUCAGACAUGCAUUUGUUUUGCAUUUUCAAUAUGUUUUUAUUUGACUCCGAUCUUUGGAAAUCACCUGCAAUCAUGCAAACUAGUAUAAUGUAUCAAUCAAGCAGAUGCAUCCCAUCCCAUCACUGCAUCUCAUUCAAGAGCUGGGUUUUACUGCUGCUCAAGACUAUGUGAGCUCAUUCCUGGCAGCAGUGAGGGUGUACUGCACUACACUAUGGACACAGUUUACCAUGUUAUUUAACACACUUUAACAUACCUCUCUGGGCAAUGCUUGCCUAUGCUUUGCCAU